GCCAAACCAGCUGGCAGUUUCAAUUGAUAGUCUGACCCAUAACUGUUGGCUACACUUCGAACCCGUGACCUCAACCAUCAAGUUUGGGCACUAUUUUUACUCUAGUGUCUUUUAGUAAAAAGGUCCAAAGCCAACAUGCGCAGCCCGGAUAAACUCUCAAGAACACUCAACUCUGGAGGUCCUCACCUUGCCCUCCGCAGCCUGUGAUUUAACCCUUUCUUUCAUCGACUUCAGUCACUUUACCUUUUUGGCAUCAUGCGAUUCUGCAGCAGAAUAUAACGGAGAACUUUGUUCAUGAAUUGGUGAAUCUGUCGUGUGGAAAACUUUGCUCACGGAGCUCCUUUUCUCUUCUCUAUCUGUCUCCUCACCUGAUCUGCACGCCACUCCCAGCCGCGCGCGCACAGCCUCUCCGCGGGCCCUGCGGCGGUCAGGAUGGGCUCCCUAAUGUGGACCCCGGGGAACCUGCCUGCUUGGAAAGCCACAAUUUUCCUCUGCAACAUCAUCUCUGCUGCUGUGGCUAAAAGACACAUUGUGUAUUGGAAUUCUACCAACACAAGGUUACUGGCAGGAGAUCUGUCCGUCCAGGUGAAUCUGAAUGACUACCUGGACAUUUACUGUCCACACUACCCAAACAAGGGGACUGUGAGCAACGGGCAGCCAGAAACGUUGGCCCUCUACCUGGUUGGAAAGGCGUCCUUUCAGGGCUGUGUGGAGACCAGACAGGCCAUCAAGCGGUGGGAGUGUAACACCCCAUAUGCUCCGUUUGGACCAGUUCGCUUCUCUGAGAAGAUACAAAGGUUCACGCCCUUCUCGCUGGGGUUUGAGUUUCUACCAGGGCAACACUACUACUACAGCUCUCUGCCCACAGAUGAAGGCCCUCCUCUGCCAUGUAUGAAGUUACGUGUCACUGUGUGCUGUGAGCCUACAUCGGAAGGUUCAAAACAAAUACAAGGGACCGCACCUCCAAGAAGCGCCUGCUCACUGAAGACCACUUCGCCUCCACUCCUCCUCCUCCUCCUCCUCCUCCUGCUGAUCACCUGAUGAUCCUGGACCUUCCUCACCACUGCUGACCUCACCCCUGUCCUCCAUCUGAUUGGGAGACACUACUCAGAGUACAUGAUGCAAUCUCCGCUCAGACAGUGACUGGCAUGAAGCGAUCAAUGCUAAGCUAUAGCUAAUAACAGACAUCAUCAGCUUCCUGUGGCUGUGUUUAUCAGUGAAAUUCCACCAAGAAUCAUGUUUUUGUUUUUGUUUUUACCAGAACUGGACCAUAGUGACUCAGGGACUGACAUGUCGAAUCACAGUGAUUCAUUCCUUGUUAUUUUCCUCUCCCAAAUGUUGUGUAAGUAGUAGAGAAGAAUAUUACACAUGAGGUGGAGCUAGUCAUAAGACUCAUAUCUGGGUCUGAUGCCAGAAGAACAAAACAAAGAGCCUUUCAGGACAAACUUCUCUCUCUCUCUUUUUCAUCAUUUUACAUUUAAUUUUCUAGUAUUUUCUUCUUUUAAACACCAGCCUCCUGUUUUUCAAGUGGCCAAAUAUCACAUGCUGCUGUACUGAUUGGCUCAGGUUGGAGGUCAAUCUCUUAUUUGUGACUUAAAUUUAGGACUUUAAAAAAUAUAUAUCUCUUAAAGAUAAAUGUAUUAUUUUAGCCUUUUGUAAGAUUUAAGAUUUUGGCAUUUGGGAAGAAAAUAUUUGAACAUUCUGGAAAAGUCCAGCAGGGAUGCUGCGCCCCCUACUGGGAUUGAACUGGUUGAACUGGAGUUGGACUGGGUUGUGAACUGGACACUAGAUUCUGGUGCUGAGUGGUAACUGUAUGGACCUUCGGCUGCGUGUGUGGACCCCCCUGUUGUUCUGCCUUUCCCUCUCCUCAUUCUGCUUGAGACUGAAGCAUAGAGCAGAGGGGGGUUAUGGGUAACCGGAGAGCAUGAGCUCGUCUCGCCCCACUGUACACAUUGCGGACCACUGAGGAGGCUGAGUGGUGGAUGCUCAUGUUGAAAAACAACAGAUGUGUAAAAAUGCACACUAGCUUUGAGUUUACUUUUUAUUGUUUGUGAUGUUUUCUUCUUUCUUCUUCUGUUUAUUUUUUUUUACGCAGCAUCAUUAAUUUGAGGUUUAACUUGGUAAAUAAAUCGUGCAAAAUGAGUUAAUUACAUGACUCAAUGGUUUAGUGAGAGGUGAUCUCUGAUAUUAAAGUGAAAAACAGUCGGUCAAAAAUAGGUUUUUGCUGCACAAACUUUGGUUUAUAUUCUGCAUUCAUGUGUUUUGUUUUAUUCACAGUACGCUUUGCUGCAAUGUAGUUACAUGUGUGAAAUCAUUGAAGGUAGAAUUAAUUUCAUUUUCUCAGAAUUUACUCUAGAUGAAUUAAUUAUUAAUUGAAUUAAAUUAAAAAAUAUAUUGAUUAUAUUCCAGAUUUUCAAAAUGAAAUUAGAGAAUGAAUCUAUCUUUCAUUGAAAUUAGAAUUAUAACAAGAUUAUAUUAAAAAUAAAUAAAAUAAAAUAAUAAUAAUUAUCUCCUCAAAUUAUUUUUGUGAAAAUCUUUAACUCCAAUGCACAAAUUAACUUAAUGAAAAACUACAUUGUGAGCACUUAAUAUAUAUAUUUUUCUGAACGAAAUGUGUUUGUCGUGCUAUAAAAACACACACACUAGUCGUGCUGUCAUUUUUUUCAUUGUUGUUUCCGUAAAUCAGUAUGAAAAAUAAUGGUUGAAUAUUUGUGAAAGAAUAUUAGUGUUGUAGAAUUUUACAGACCAGUGCAUCUAGCUUUUUGUUUUUGAUUUCUUUACGUGUGUGUGUGUUUUCUGCUUUCACAUUUUAGUGAAGAAUGUCGCUUCUUCUGUGAAGAGCCAACUGCAAUCUGAGCCUUUUCUUUUUUACACUACGAGACAACAAAAUAAAUAUGAUUUCAUUUAAA